GUCAAGAUGGCUGCGACCAUUCAAGACUCACGUGUGAGCGCGGGGAAAAAGCUGAAGCGUUCCUUGAAGAAGAAGCGAAAGAUGAAGCUGGUAGCCAAGGCUGAAAUCUCGAAUCUGGAAGAUGAGCUCAAAGACUCUUCUGACGGGGAAGGUUCGGUAGAAAGCUGUGAUGCAGAAAUGGGCCAGUUCUCAGAUGAUGGCGCAGCAGAAGCCGACAGCGAGGACAAUGUGGAGUCCUGUGAGGAGGAAAAUGAAGAUGCUGCAGAGCCAAGUGCUGGGACUAAUUCUGGCUGGGCAGAUGCCAUGGCCAAAAUCCUUAACAAAAAGACUCCUAAAAGUAAACCCACCAUCCUCACCAAAAACAAAGAGCUGGAGAAGGAGAAGGAGAAGCUAAAGCAGGAGAGGUUGGAGAAAAGGAAGCAGCUUGAUAAGAAGCGGGAGUGGGAGAUGCUGUGCAGAGUGAAGCCAGAUGUUGUCCAAGACAAAGAGGCAGAGAGGAACCUUCAGAGGAUUGCAACGAGGGGUGUGGUGCAGUUAUUCAAUGCUGUUCAGAAACACCAAAAGAAUGUUGGUGAAAAGGUUAAGGAAGCAGGAGGCUCCAUCAGGAAGCAAGCUAAGUUGAUGUCAACUGUUUUCAAGAAGGAUUUCAUCAGUGUUCUUCGAGGAAUGGAUGGUACAAAUGAGAACAGUUCUGCUGGGAAGAACCCCAAAGCCAGACAGACUGAAGCGAAAUCAGAAGAGGGCCCAGGGUGGAAGAUUCUGCGAGAUGAUUUCAUGAUGGGAGCCAGUAUGAAGGACUGGGACAAAGAGAGCGAUGAACCUGCUGGCGGCAGGGCAGGAACCCUUGACUGAGCAGACUGGGAGCCUCCAACUCUACUCCAAAGACGCGGCCUCUGUCUGUUGGGAGCCAGGAGGCCGUUAUGAAGUACCCAGAUUCCUGAGAACCCCUGCUUCAGUGCCUCCUGAGGUGCAAACUGUACUAAAAUUGUGUUGGUACUACUUACGUAACUUUGAGGAUUUUCCAAAAUAUUUGUACAAAGUCAUCUUCUGCUUUUCUGAGCAGUGAUGUACGCUUCUCCAGGAUCCUCCACGUGAGCACGCACUGAUCACGCACCAGGGUUUCCAAAGUACAGUCCUACCUGUGAUUAAAGUGAGGUUGAUGUCAGAGUCUUUGUGUCUGUGGGAGGUGAUGUCCUGUAUCUGUUGUGGGGAGUGAUUGGUGGCAUUUGUGUUGGAAAAUAUAUGUAGUAAAAUUUCAAAUUAUAACAUUUUUUAUUUGAAUGUUAGAAACACUGAUAAAGUAGUCUAAUAUCCACCCCAGAUUUCCAUGGAACUUGACUUAAGUUACAAAAUUUGAAGGGAAAUGGGCACUGGAUGUGAUGCGUUCUCUUUGAGAACUUCUUUCCAUAAAGUGAGCCCUGCUACCACCCCUGUGCACGAACUUACAUUGCUGUUCGCUGAAGCCUAGCCCUGCCCAGGCUGUGCUGGAGCACAGAUGUUUAUGUUUUCAGAUCAGCUCCAGAGCCACACAUACUCCCUGACUACAGGUGAAUCGGCCCCUGGCUGGAGUCUGCUGUCAGAAUGAACAUAUUCCCUGACUACAGGUGAAUCGGCUCCUGGCUGGAGUCUGCUGUCAGAAUGAACAUAUUCUCUGACUAUAGGUGAAUCGGCCCCUGGCUGGAAUCUGCUGUCAGAAUGAACAUAUUCUCUGACUAUAGGUGAAUCGGCCCCUGGCUGGAGUCUGCUGUCAGAAUGAACAUAUUCCCUGACUACAGGUGGA